UGCCACCAACCCGCAAAACACAAUUUUUUCCCCUAACCACAUUGAUCAAGAACAACCAACCAACCCCUGAUUCUUCCUCCUCCAAAUAACCAUUCCCCCACCCCAAGGACCAAACAAACACGCACGCACCUGCGCAAGAACUCCGGAAAGGGACCAGCCGGAAAAGCAGCAACCUUUUUCUUGUCUCCUUCCUCGGUUUCCUCGUUACUCCCGGGCUACGGCGACCCCCUCGACUCCGCCGUUCUAGAUCUCUCCGACGUUCCCUACACUUAGUUUCGCCAAGUUGUUUCCAGGUCUCCAGGAGCCCUACAAAAGGGGGGCCUGGUUCCGUCUGUUUGGUUCCACAUUGAGUUCUUGAGAAUGGCUGCGGCUGUAUCUCACCACGCGCUUGUGUCUGCCCAAUCCCACCAGGGGAAUGCCAAGAACUCUAGGCUGCAAAAGAGUACAGGCAAUGCGCGCUUGGUUUCUGUAGGAAGUUGGUGUUCAGGCAGCCGGAAUUCGGGUUUGGUUUGCGCGUCAGGCUUUCAGUCUUCUGUGGUGGAGCCGACUCAGCUACCCUCUAAUGGCAACAGCGGCCACACCCCAAAGAAAUCAAGUGAAAGUGCACUUAUAUUGAUUCGGCAUGGUGAAUCGCUGUGGAAUGAGAAAAACCUGUUUACUGGCUGCGUCGAUGUGCCCCUGACACGGAAGGGUGUCGAGGAGGCCAUUGAGGCAGGUAAAAGGAUAUGCAAUAUCCCGAUCAAUGUGAUAUAUACCUCAUCACUGAUUCGUGCUCAGAUGACUGCAAUGCUUGCGAUGAUGCAGCAUCGGCACAAGAAGAUUCCAAUCGUCAUACAUAAUGAAAGUGAACAAGCUCACAGGUGGAGUCAGAUAUACAGUGAAGAAACAAAGAGACAGUCAAUUCCUGUCAUAACAGCUUGGCAGUUGAAUGAACGAAUGUAUGGUGAGUUACAAGGCCUUAAUAAGCAAGAAACUGCAGAUCGAUUUGGGAAAGAACAAGUUCAUGAGUGGCGCCGCAGUUAUGAGAUUCCUCCGCCAAAUGGUGAAAGCCUAGAGAUGUGUGCUGAGAGAGCUGUUGCUUAUUUCAAAGAUCAGAUUGUUCCUCAACUCAUGGCUGGGAAACACGUGAUGGUUGCUGCACAUGGGAAUUCACUUCGUUCAAUUAUAAUGCAUCUGGACAAAUUAACUUCUCAAGAGGUAAUAAGCCUCGAGCUGUCUACGGGCAUUCCCAUGCUUUACAUAUUCAAGGAAGGAAAGUUUAUUAGACGGGGCAGCCCAGUAGGACCAUCUGAGGCAAGCGUAUAUGCUUAUACCAGGACCUUGGCUAAAUACAGACAGAAGCUGGAUAAUAUGGUUCAGUGAAAGAGAAAUGGUCAAAUAAACUUUGACACCAGCAGCAUUUGUGACCAGGAGAGAACUCAUCAACUGUGAACUUCUUUUGUAACAACGAAUCCAUAUUACUGGUUUAGAAUGGGGUAGAUGCAACAUAAUAUGUACACUGAAUCGAGUUUAUUGAGGGGGAUGAUAUACAUUGUUUUUCCAAAUUUAUGUUUUCUCAAACAUCUUUAUGCUGAGACAGACUGAUAAAAUUCUUGAUGCUGAUA